AUGAAUAUGGUAGUAGAAUGGAAAAGAAAAAAAACUGAACGUAACUAUAUGGUAGAUUUUCGUCAGAAACCUCUUACACAACGAGGUGUUACGAAGCAAAAAGUUGUAUUAGAUUUAGUAUUUGUUGAUUGGUUUUUCACUAAAGUUUCUCCACAAAUUGUGCCUUCAUCUUUUCAUGACAAUGUAAACAUUUGUCAAAGUUGUAUAAAUGGAUACCAUACCAAUAAUAAAAGACAUGCUAUUAAAUCACGUUACGGAUUUUACUCGAUAAAAUUCGGACAUGUAGCAUAUCUUUUGCGCAAUUCCACUGAACAUUUUAAUAACAAGUCUUAA